AUGACGACGUCGAUGAUAUCCAAUCUUCCAAGAGAUUUGAUAGAGGAGAUUAUUUCUAGGCUUCCCUUGAAAUCCAUGAAAGCAGUGUGUUUAACUUGCAAAAGUUGGGACUAUUUAUCCAAAAGUGAGAGCUUUAGGAAGAAGCACAUUGGUAAAGCCACAAGAAAAGGUGAGUCUAUGAUGAUCGCCAUGAUGCCUCACAAUCUCUAUCUAAUGAGCGGCUUCGUCGACGACGUUGAUCCAUCUAUAGAGCAUAAAGGUCAAAUUAGCUUCCCGAGCAAACAAGUAAGCAUAGAUCGGCUCUUCCACUAUGAGGGUUUAAUAUUAUGCAUCUUGAAAGACGUUACUAGGAUUGUGGUUUGGAAUCCGUAUUUGGGGCAAACAAGGUGGAUCAACCUUAGAUUCUCUCACCGUCCAGACAUAUGGGACAUAUUUUGUUAUGGUCUCGGAUACGAGGAUAAGGAAUCUUGUCGGAGCCUUAAAUUGUUGAGGUUUGUAGAUUUUCUUAAAAUAGCGCCCGAAGAGCAAUUUUGUUGGUAUGAAAUCUACGAUUUCGAUUCUGGUUUAUGGACAACUCUUGACGUCGCUCCACACUGGACGAUAUAUUGUUCAAGCAGUAGCGUUUCUCUUAAGGGAAACAGUUACUGGUGUGCUAAAGGAAGGAGCUCAGAAGGUUUUGUUACGGAUCACAUAAUCUGUUUUGAUUUUACAAGAGAGAGAUUUGGGCCGCUUCUGCCUCUGCCAUCUGUCCUUAGGGAUCGUGAAUAUGAAUAUGUGACUUUAUCUUGUGUUAAAGAAGAGCAGCUUGCAGCUUUAUUUCAGCACAACAAACAAAGAGAUGUAAACAUACUGUCUUAG